AUGUCGCCAAGAGCAUCGAAACAAUCUCCUGCCUCCCAGUAUGUUGACCUGUCACCCUGGGCGUUCGCCUUGUGGUGGAUGGUUUUGUUCGUGGUACACGUGAUCACGGGCGGCUACAAUGCGGCGUACGCGAUGUUCUAUUGGGAGCUUCAAAACACGUACCUCUACUUGUGCCUCGACUACUCAGGAAUCGGUAUGCCUGCGGAUGCUCACUCUACUAUCGCGAUAGUUAACGCUGUUCUGGCUGGACUGCAUGGCGUCUGCCUGCUCUCCAUGGUUGGAGCUUCACUGUGGCGACGGGAGUUGGCGUUCUCGCCGUGGCCUGAACCAAGUAGUAAGCGGGGACUGUUCAAUAAAGCAGUGGUACCGACGGCCGAUGACAGAUUUUCGUCGCGGAUCACCUCCGCACGAACCCAGACAGUCUACUUGUACUCGCUGGUUUGGGGUCGACAGGGCGUGUUGGGGGUAAACGGGAACAAGUUCCACGUGAUUCUUGUCGUCCGUGAAUUCAUAGAGACGGCGCUUCAAACCGUCCAAGCCUAUCGGAUGAGUCGACUAUUACCUCGAGUGCUUCUUAACCGCUUCUACGUGUGCUUACUCGUACUGAACUGCUGGUCGUCCGUCCUCAUAUAUUCUCUGCUACGGCAUCGGAUCGAGGCCCAAAGACGCUUCACUUGUCUUCUGUGCGACUGUAUUCUGGACCUGGUAUCGUGCGUCGGAGUACCGCUCAUAAUGCUAUUCAGCUAUCUAGGCGACUACGAUGCUGGCCUAACUGGUUUUGACAUGGAAAAAUGGUACGACGACGUAUGGUCCGCUCAUGCCCUGAAUGAAUUUCAGAUGAUCGUAGUGGUAUCGUGGUCUGACUUGGCGAGUCGAGCUUUCUUAUCCUUGGGACUGAUUUUCACGACUACCAAUCUGAAAGAACUCUUACGCAAAUAUCGACGACGCAUUGCUUCUACGGCGAACAGCAUCAGAAUUCCGGACAAAAUGCCAAGUCUCAAAUCCAUUGCACUACGAGCUCGAGGCAGACAAGUUCUGCUGCACUUAGUCCACUUCUUGUUUGCAGUCUGGGGUGUAGUGGUGCUCAGUCUUCACAUUCAAGCCUCGGUGCGGCCAAAAGCGGCUCAAUGCGUCUUGCAGGUUUUCCCAUGGGCUGAAUCGAAUCCAUCCUGCUACCUGGCUGUUCUCGACUGCUAUCGUCUGGGCAUAUCCGGAAAAUUGGCAGAAGUUGAAGACCACUGGAGCGAGUUUGAUCGGUCUACUGUUGUGACGUUGGUUAUGCGUCACUGUCCAAAUCUUGAGAUUCCAGAUAUGCUGGCCGAUUUUCACUUGACUACCGGUAUCAAAGUGUACAACUCGACAAUUCAGAGCUGGGAAGCAUCGGCAGCUAUCACCAAUACGAACCAUCCCGAGCUGAUCUGGUUCUACUUGGUCCGUGUCAACUUGACGGACGGGGUUUUACCUCAAGGGGCCCAGUCGUUGGAUUUCCCUGCAAAACUGUACGAUAUCGAGUUUUGCUACACGAACCUCCGCGAGCUUCCUGAUGAUUUGGACUCGAAGUGGCUCAUCGGAACUGCAAUCUACAUGGAAUACUGCCAGCUCACGACUGUGCCUCUAGUUCUCACUCGGUUGGACCCGUACUACUUGGCGCUUACGGGCAACCCAAUCACUGAACUCCCGCCCGAACUGUUCGAAGUACCGGACAUGUUUCACUUAGGGCUCGGCAACACCAGCAUUGCUCAACUGCCUCGCAAUGUCACGAAUCUCUCGCCACUGCUGUCAUUUAUCCACUUCACCAACACAGACGUGUCGUUCUUCUGGGCUUGGAUAGAUCCACUGAUCCAGCGAGCGCUAGGCGGAGGAGAAGCUCCACUCAAAAUGGGUGGGUCCACGUACUGCUUCGACGUCGAAAAUGUCAUACAUGGAAACACGGAUACUUUCAGCGUGCUGCCGUCGGGAGAAUACUCACCGAUGCUGAUGGAUGCAUCCGAGGCCAACCGAGACGUGAUACUGCAGGCAGUUGACUGCGAUCUCAUGCAUUCAAGAACAUUUUACCCGAUUGCGUUCGAGGACAGCAUCAGUUCACUCUAG